AUGAAUUCCUUGAACACACUCGCAAAGUGGUUGCCUUCAGUAUGCCGGCAAUCACAAUCUAGCUCGGCGGCGCUACGGUUGGCUCGACCAUUCUCCUCAACCAGCAGCUCACUCUCCGAGCGUGGGGAUCGUAGCCGAACAAUUCAGAGCCAGAUCUUGAACCGCACCCCCGAACCUUCGAAAGACAAGUCACCACUCUCGGCCAUUACAAGAAUGAUGCAAGGCGAUAGCUCUUCAUCUGCCUCUCGAGUCAGCUCCGACUAUGCUAGACUUGCUGAGAGCUUGGAAGCCGAUAUGAUGAAGCACCCCUACGCUGACCGUUCUCCUCCACACCACCUCCAUGUCUACUGCCACAAACAUAACACUAUCCUCACUUUGACACGCCCCAAUGGCAAUCCGAUGAUGUCCAUGGGUUGUGGCCAGAUCGGUUUUCGCAAGGGAGGACGCAGUGAUUUUGAUCCCGCAUACCAAUUAUCAGCCCAUGUCAUGUCACUUAUUCAGGAGCGAGGAUACCUGAUGGAAAUCAAACGAUUGGAAAUUGUGUAUCGUGGAUUUGGAAAAGGGCGUGAAGCUUUCACCAAAGUGCUUCUGGGCAACGAAGGCCGCAACAUCCGUGGUCUUGUCAACCGAGUGACUGACUCUACCCGCAUCAAGUUCGGUGGUACUCGGAGUCGCAAAGUCCGCAGAUUGGGUUAG